GUGACUGCGUUCCAAUAAUUUUACUAGCACAUGCCCGAAAAUACCGCGUCCUAACACUUCCCGCAUUUAUACAUUUUUAAACGAUUACUGGUAAAUCAAUUCGCAUCCAUUUAUAAUUUUUGCAUGUAGCUAGCGUACUCUGUAUGUCACCAUAAUUGUGUACUAUUUAGACAUCCACGGAUUCAUAGCCUGCGUCUCCAAGCAUAAAUGUAACAUUGCCUCUAUGUUAUGACCGUUACCGUUGUUCUGGUAGGCCGAUGUUUUACUAAAGUGUCUUAAUAAAGCCAGUUUUUCCCAUGGACAAUAUCGGUUUUUGCAUCUGACGCCAAUACAUUUAAAUGAAAUUUUCCAUUACGUCGGGAAAACAUGACGAACGCCGUUCAUACCGCGUUUCGCAAGUUUGCGAACACUAACUCACAAACCACAAAAACCAGAACUGGAUUCGUUCUGUUCCUUUCCGGAGGACUGUGUGUCUUCUACUAUAACAUGCUGUCAGGGGAGAAAACCUCCGAUCCAGCCUUCCAGCCUUCAAUCAAAAAUUACAGCCUUCCGGUGAUGGAAACGGUUUUCCAGGCAAAUUCUACUGUCACCCAAACCAUCACGGAACAUCACAUUCUUUUCUGGACGAAGUUCUUCGGCGGUGCUGUCACACCCUCCCAUACCAUAUACCAGCAAGCGCUCUUCGGCAUCACGCGAUGCCCAUACUCCAACUGUGUCGUGUCGGACAACCGAAGUCGUUUGGCGCAGAGCGAUGCUAUCGUUUUUCAUGAGCGCGAUCAUUUAUGGGAUGACCUGCCAGCGGAACGCCGGUCGUCCCAGUAUUAUAUCUUUUUUUUCUUGGAAACGCCGGUACAUACGUGGGGCAACCUGGAUGCGAUUCGGGAUUUUUACAAUUUGACCUUCACAUACCGUCUGGAUUCGGAUAUCGUAUCAGAUUUAUACUACCGCACUUUCCAGCCGACGGUGUGGAACAGCAGUAGCGAACUGGAUCAACUACUACGGAAUAAAACGGGGCUGGUCGUCACAUUCGUAUCCAAUUGUUUCUCGGUGCCGAGCCGCCGCGACGUGUACACGGCCACCCUAGCACAGUACGUUAGCGUAGACGUGUACGGCGAUUGCGGCACAAAACAAUGCAAUAUCAGUACGCCGGAAAUCUGCGAUAAACUGUUGGUGAACUACAAGUUCUACCUUGCAUUCGAAAACAGUAUAUGCAAGGACUAUGUCACCGAGAAAGUUAACCGCGCCUAUAACAACGGCGCGGUGCCGGUCGUAUACGGGGGAGCCAACUAUUCCGCCCUGUUCCCGCCGCAUUCCUUCAUUAACGUUCUGGAUUUUGACAGUCCGAAGGCCCUUGCCGAUUAUCUUGUCUUCCUGAGCACCAACACCACCGAAUAUCGCAAGUAUUUUGAGUGGCGGAUGAGCGCCGUUACAGCGCGACUGGCAGUGGAAUUUACUGAGAUCUCGUGGUGCCGGCUCUGCGCGAUCCUUAACACGCGUCAACCACAGCGCAGGAUCAGUACGAGCGUCGGGCAGUGGUGGCAUGGACAGGGAUGGUGCCGAAAGCCGCAAACGCGAUACAGGGAAUGGUUAAACAACCCGAUCCUUCCGGUCGACUAGAUUCGUUCGUUGGCCAUUCUAUUAGUAGAAUUUUUGCUUCCUUUUUUUCUUCAGAUUUCCGUUGUGUGGUUCUUAAUUGUGAUAUGUAAUUAUUCGUCUUGCCUUCUGCGGCAACGACCUGCUUAUAUCUUAUUCAAUGUCAAGACGCUGUUUAAGUUAAAAUUACAUUGUGAAAAUCCUCUUUGUGAAGAGGAGAAAACCGAAUUCUAUCAGACGAGGCCCAUAGAAUAUGGAUUUUUAAUAUGGAGUCGAUAGAACUAAAUAU